GUCCUUUGCUUGGCUCCUCUUCUUCCUCCGCCGCUUCGUCUUCCUCCACUCUUUACCGCAAAUCUCCCAGAUCCCCCAAAUCCAGACUGCUGCGUCGCUGGCUGCUCUAUCCCGUCGCCGGAUUCUUGAUCAUGCUGUAAGUCUCAGAGAUGUCAAUGCCAAACAAGAUCACCCUACUCACCCAACCCCACAGCGGCAUUGUGCAAUUCAUCUCCAUCGUCUGCGGCAUAGUCAUCGCAUUCUUUCCCAGCGAGCUGGACAGUCUAGCCGAGUGGUGGCAGUCAAGUCGGACAAAUGCUGCCAUCGAUCUCUCCCACUGGCCCACCGAUGCCUCGCGAGACAUCAUUCCCGUGGCCUGCCACUCGCACAACGACUACUGGCGUCCGGUCCCAUUGUUCUCCGCCCUCCAGGCCGGCUGCAUUGGAGUCGAGGCAGACGUCUGGCUGUUCGACGAGGAGCUCUACGUGGGCCACACCACCUCCGCCUUGACCCCGAAGCGCACCCUGCGCACGCUAUACAUCGAUCCCCUCCUUCGCAUCCUCGAACAGCAGAACCCGCUCACCGAUUUCCACCCGCAACUCCACCGUCCCCUUCAAGGCGUCUUCGACACCGAUCCCGCCCAGAGCCUGACGCUGUUAAUCGACAUCAAGACUGAUGGCCAGGACACCUGGAACCGAAUUGCUGCACAAUUGACCCCACUCCGGGAGCGCGGCUACCUCACCUACUUCAACGGCACCGACCUCAUCCCCGGCCCGAUCACCGUCGUCGGCACCGGCAACACCCCCUUCAGUCUCGUCACCGCCAACACCACCUACCGCGAUAUCUUCUUCGAUGCCCCUCUCAAUCUACUCCCGGAGGAGGAGGAGGACAGCAGAGACACGGACCCAAGCAGCCCCUCCUCCACCAGCGAGCAAUCGCGCGACCAACUACCCCAAACCCUGAGCACCACCACCACCACCGAAGAGGACAGCGACCGGACCCGGCCGCCGCCGCCACCCGCCGCAAACAUCGGCCAAGGCCUCUCGGGCGUCACCCCGCAGUCCGAAUCCUUCGACCAGACCAACAGCUACUACGCCUCCGUCUCCUUCAAGAAAUCCAUCGGCUACCCCCGAGGCUUCCGGCUCUCGGCCCAGCAGGUCGACAAGAUCCGUGCGCAGAUCCGCGCUGCCCACCGCCGCGGCCUCAAGGUCCGCUACUGGGGCGUGCCGAGCUGGCCGCGCAGUCUCCGGAACCACCUCUGGGCCGUGCUGGUGCAGGAGGGCGUGGAUAUCCUCAACGUCGAUGACCUGCAGAGCGCGACGAGGCAGGAUUGGAGACCCAAGUUGUCGGAUUUGUGGAGUUAGCUCCUCGCUUGAUUUUGAUUUCUUUUGUCUUGAGAUUCUGAAAAUGACGAGCUAGAAAUUUUCUUUUUUUCUCUCUACCUGGCUAGGUAAGUGACUAGAUAGUUAUUAUGCAGAAAUGAG